AUGGCUAGCGGUUUUCCAUCACGAACAGUUAUUCCACGAAAUUUUAAAUUAUUGGAAGAACUUGAAGCAGCUCAAAAAGGCCAUCAUGAAGGUUCGGUAUCAUGGGGUCUUGAAUCUAAUGAUGACAUGUCACUGUCCCGGUGGGUUUGUAUGAUUAUUGGACCAACACGCACGCCUUUUGAAGGUCGUAUCUAUACAUUAAAAGUUCAUUGCGGUGAUCGUUAUCCUGAAGAAGUACCUACUAUUCGUUUUCAAACACGUAUAAACUUAGCUGGUGUAGCAGCCAAUGGUUCCGUUGAUCCAAAAUCAGUUCCAUCACUUCGUAAUUGGAAUCGCGAUAUGACUAUACAUCAAAUAUUAAAUGACAUUCGAGGAAGCAUGUCAUCAAAAGAGAAUGCAAAAUUAUCCCAACCACCAGAAGGAGCACUUUAUCCAUCUCAGUGA